GAGAGAGAGAGAGAAAGAGAGAGAAAGAGAGAGAGAGAGAGGGUUCCUACUCCAUUCGCUCUUGACUGUCAGAUGUUUGACGACCACCGUUGGAGUCUACUUAAGUGGAACCUGCAGCCCACCCUCACCCUAUGGAGUGCCUUCUGUUCCUUCGGGCUGUGCAUCGCUGUACUUGGACCCACGCUUCUCGAUCUACGCUGUCAGACCCACUCCACACUGCCCCAGAUCACCUGGGUGUUCUUCUCCCAAAACCUCUGCAUUCUCCUGGGCACCAUUUUCGGGGGAGCCUUUAAGAAAACGUUCUUCUACUCACUGGCCGGUCUCUUCGUCUCCACGCUGAUGAUUUCCAUCGUUUUCACCAUCAUCCCCUUCUGUACUGAUGUGAUCGUGUUGACACUCGUGGUGGCCAUUGGGGGCUUGGCCAUGGGCUGCAUCGACACCAUUGCCAACAUCCAGCUGGUCAACAUCUACCAAAAAGACUCUGCCAUCUUUUUACAGGUCCUCCAUUUCUGUAUGGGUUUCGGAGCCUUCCUCAGCCCUAUGAUCGCAGACCCUUUCCUGUCGGAAACCAGCUGCAUACACACCAACGGCAGCCUCAACACCACGGCCCCGGACCUCAGCCACAUGCGGCACUCCCUGGUGGGCUACCCGGCCGUCAACCACACCAGCUUCCACCUCGUCACCAAGGGCGACGCCAUCACCAACGUCUCCUAUGCCUUCUGGAUCAUGGCGCUGAUCAAUUUGCCGGUGCCUGUGGCUGUGUUCUUCCUGAUGAACAAAGUGAAGUUUGGAGGCUGUUGCGGGAAGAAAAAUGUUCCGCUCUUAACAGGAGCAGAUCCACCCCAGGCCCUACAGAUGGAAGGGAUAAGUUCGAGCAGCGAGAAAGAAAAAGAUGGGGAUCACAGCAGUUUCUUGGACUGUUUCAAGAGCCUUGAUCUCCAAGACAUCCCAUGCACAUUCUUCGCUAUUCACAUUGUAUCUGCCACCGUGCUGUUUAUGAGCGACGGCAUCUUGGGGCUGUACUCUGCCUUUGUGUACUCCUACGCUGUCCGCGAGCCCCUCAACAUGGGCUCCAGGCUGGCCGGCUACCUUCCUAGUAUCUUCUGGGCUUUCAUUACCGUGGGGCGAUUGGCUUCCAUUCCCGUCUCCGGAAGGUUAAAGCCUUGCACGAUGGUCUUCAUAAACCUGGGCGGUAUCAUUGGGACCUUUAUUCUGAUGUUGUGUUUUGCCACCAAUUGGGUCUGUCUGUUUGUGGGCACUGGGCUCUUGGGCUUUUUCCUGAGCAGCACCUUCCCCAGUAUGUUGGCUUACACUGAGGACGUUUUAAAUUACAAAGGUUGCGCUACGACAGUACUGGUAACAGGGGCUUGCAUUGGGGAGAUGGCAUUGCAGACUCUGGUGGGAUCUGUUAUUUACUCUCACCCGAGUAAUGUUUUCCUCCUGUGUGGGCUGGUCUUUGGUUGUCUCGCUCUCGUGUUUUAUCUACUGCUGUUGCUGGUGCACAGAUUACAUAUUCAUUUCAGUCUGACAGCGAUUUCGAAACGAGUGCUGAUUCCCGAGGUGAGAGCUACGUACCAGAGAUGAGGUCCAGAGGGUGACCAGCCAAAGACUCGCACACAGGGAAACAUUCAGCCGCAGCCCAGAGUCACUGCCCGCCACGUGGGAGGGGGUGGUGGGGGGAGACCAGCAGCCAACCGACAGGGGGAGGGGAAGGGAACUGUGUGGAGUCCUGUAGCAUAGUGGUUAGCACGCCUCUGUUUAUUCCACACACACCUCUGUUUACCCAGCAAUAAGUACGUAUCCGGCUGUUAGUCGAUUGGCGGAUCACUUUUCCAGGAGCAAUAAUCCCUUCAAAAAAAAAA